AUGCGUCGCAUCAACUCCCAUUACUCAUCUGACCAGUUCGAAUAUGGGAACUUAUUAUCAGAGUUCACUCUCUUCUCACUCCUCCCCUGCCUCUCUGAUAUCUACGAAUUUGGCCCCUCUUCCUCCACCUCCACCGCCACCACAACCACCAGGAAUCGGAAUGUCCUCUGGUCUGCUGCUACUCAAAAGACAGUUGUUGUGCCGAAUGUUUCUCUUAGUGGGAUCACUUCUAACAUUGGGUCAAUUCAAAAUAAUUCUGGCACUUCAAAUGGACCGACAGUUAUAAGAAAGUCUACAAUAAUUUCAGCUCCCCCACAAAUGGCAAAUCCACGUGAGCUUGCUGAGCGUGCCCGAGAAGCUGCAGAGCAAAGAGAUCGUGAAUCUUAUGAUGAUCCGGAAUUUAUCAUUGAAGUCGAUGAUGACGUCACAAGAGCCUUAUUAGCUGCAGAGGCGGGUGUGACUUAUACUAGCGUGAAGAGCAAAGAUGGCAAAGGUAAUUUUCAUUGGUACACGUCGAUAAAUGCAACAUAUCUUCGCAUUAUUAAUGUUUUAUUACUUUUAUUUACCUGA